GCUAACCAGCUGAAUAACGCUGUAUUCCUAGUCUUACGUUGCAGCAGAGUUACAGACUGACACGAGAGAGGAGCAGUGGGACAGAGCCACUUACCAUCUCGCGUUAAUUUGAGCUUGCAAGUGAUGGAGAAGACGGAGAUAUUUUUAUACAGCUUCCUCGCCUCUGACUACGUCUUCAACAUCCUCUUCAUCGCGUGGCUUUUCGCUAACGGGACACCCACAGAUGUCACCAACUAUGGAUUGCCUAAUUGAAGUUGGGCCACCUGAUCCUGUUUGCGCCAGGACAACCGACCGACACUAGAGUAAGAGAAGUCGUUAUGGACAGUUGUUGUGCAAUUCGUGCAUUUCCUGCGCAGAGAACUGGAGUCAAAAGCAGUAUUUCAACCUCAGGAUUUCACGUCUAUUUGCGCGUAAAGGACGCGGACAAAACGGUUCCACACAACGCUGCCUGAAAAUCUUUUCGCUAUGCUGUAGUAAUAAUGGAGGAAAGCUGUAGUUAGAAGCACAAGGCGUGUUUGUUUGACUGUUUGUUUCUGCAGGCUUUGAUGUGAGAGCGGUGGACAGCUUUUCUUAGCGCGCAUACCAAUUGUGCGUUGCAGUAUAGUCGCUCCGUUCCACAGAAGAACCACCGCAGCAGGACCUGAAUUCUUGACAGGCAACAGGCCUCAACAAUCACUGUGACAGGUACAUUGACAACACUUUUUUUUUUUUUACAAGUACUGUACUGUAAGCUUUUAGGGAGAGUCAAGAGAGUUUUUUAAGCUGCUUCUAAGUGCACCUGUGAGUCAGGAUUAAGCCAUGGCUUUACCAGACAGUGGCAUAUCUGCGGAGGAGGUCCCCUUUCCAGAAAUAAUAGAGCUCAAUGUCGGCGGCCAGGUGUACAUAACCCGCUACUCAACACUCACAAGUGUGCCAGACUCUCUGCUAGGGGAGAUGUUCAGUCGAAAGUCACCCAAAGGACUGGCUAGGGACACCAAGGGUCGCUUCUUUGUGGACCGUGAUGGCUUCCUGUUCCGUUACAUCCUGGACUACAUGAGGGACCAGCAGCUGGUUCUUCCAGAUCACUUCCCUGAGCGCGGCCGUCUUCAGAGGGAGGCCGAGUUCUUCAACCUGCCUGAUCUUGUGAAGCUGCUGGCACCCAAAAUCAGCAAGCAGAACUCCCUUGGAGAUGAGGGAUGCCAGAGCGACCCAGAGGACUCCUCACCUGGGAUUGACACAGCUCGGAAUCUCAGCUCCCUUGGUGCUGCUGCUGCUGCUUGUGCCAGCCUGGUGCCUGGAUCCAUAGAUGGCAAACGCUCCGGGUUCAUCACCAUCGGUUACAGGGGUUCGUACACCCUGGGCAGGGACAGCCACACUGAUGCCAAAUUCCGGCGGGUGGCACGGAUCAUGGUGUGUGGGAAGACCUCUCUGGCCAAAGAGGUGUUUGGGGAUACGCUGAACGAGAGCCGGGACCCUGACCGCCCCCCUGAGCGCUACACAUCCCGUUACUAUCUCAAGUUCACCUUUCUGGAGCAGGCGUUUGACAAGCUGGCUGAUGCAGGUUUCCACAUGGUGGCCUGUAACUCCACAGGAACCUGCGCCUUUGCCCAUGAGCAGACGGAUGACAAGAUCUGGACCAGCUACACUGAAUAUGUGUUCUACCGUGAGUGACAUUAUCGGCUAUGUUCAACCCCCCUUCGGUCCCCUAUUCCUGUCUCCAAGUGCCCCUUCCUGCUUCAGCCUCCAGCAAACCUGCCCCCCCUCUCUCUCUGAUGGCUCCUGCACCAGUAGAUGUACCAUAGAUGUUGUGCCCUUCCAUCUUUCUCCGCAGACUCCAGCAGUCGUCUGACUUUUCAUUCCUGCUGCAGGUUGAACCUGCAGCCCUCACCUUUGACCCCAGAUCCAUUCCCCUCAUCUUCAGGUCCAGCUUUUGCCCCCCCCCCCAGCCUAGCCGUAGCCCCUUGUCCUCAGACACUGCAAACUCACAACUGCUCCUGCAAAGACUUACACCUUCUAUGUACUGUUUCCCUUUUGUACUCCAUAUAUUGCGUCUGCCUUGGUGAAGCACAAUACUGUAUCCAAGAGCUAAUUUUGUUAAAUAUGGGCCCUGGAGUGUCUGACUAUUUCAGGGUGUUAAGGGAAAGGGCUUCAAAGAGUAGCCAUGUUGUAAAGUGGACAGUAAACUUUGCCUGCAGAUGGGACUCUCUGCUGCACCUGUGAACUAAAUUACCAAAUAAUUGGACAUCCUAUCAGCCUUGAGGGACGUGAGCAUCCCGCAGCACAAGAAAGACACAAAAGUCUUAUUUCCUUGAGUUUUUAUUAAAUGUGUCCAGUGCCAUGUGGUUGGGAAUGUGCCAUACAGUAGUUCAUCUGUUCAGCUGUGAUAAUGUAUGAAUGAGGGUUUAUAUAAUGCAGCCACAUGGACAGGGAAGGAAAAACUUUGAGAGGGAAAAAAAGAUUGUACAUGAGUGGAGUUUCCUUUAAAGAGACAAAAGCAACAGGCUUUGAUAGAUAAAAAAUCAAAGCUCAAAUAUCAAGGGAUCUCGUAGACAGAGAGAUGAAGUGUGUGUAUUGAUUGUGCAAUGGAGCUUUCAGUAUUUUAAUCACCCACGCGGGUAGAGGGCAGAGGAGAUGGAGGGUGUUACAUCACUCACAUCUCUCAUUGUGCUUCUUUGACGUUUCUUUUUCUCAAUUACAGUUACAGUGAAGCGCUUCUAGGGGCAGGCACACAUUAUGAAUACAUGUUGUCUUUGAAAAAUGAAACAAAAACAAUAAAAAAAAUGUGGUAGUCACCUUAGAGGAUCACAUUUCGGGUGUUCUGUGCUGUAAAUCUCAAUACUCAGUUCAGUAUUAGUUGAAGCUGUUGCAUAUUUUAUGAUAGCCCUCACUUACUGUGAAUCCAUAAGGAAGGGAAUGAUUACGUGGUAGCCUAUGUUUUCUCACCGCUGUAGCAGGGGCAUUGUGUGGGUUAUUACAAAGAGAGAGUAUAACUUAAGUUACAAAGGAGAACGUAAGAAAGAAAGUGGUUCCCAGAUACAGCCUCAGGACAGGUCAAAUACCUCAGACUACAACACAAACUGAAAGCAAUCAGAUCCAACUAAAGCUGAGGACAUACAAAUGCAGGCACAGUGAGGAAAAAAAUCCAAAAUGUAGAUGCUUCAGUGAGAUGGUGAAUACGUGACUUAUCUGAGUUCCGAGCAGCAUAGUGCAGGAUUUCUCCGGAGCUAGAAGGUGUGAGGUUGUAGCUUUGGCAGAGCGUCUGACAGUGACAAUAAAUGUAUUCAGAAAAUGUCAAGAAACUGCAAUGUUGUGUUUCAGUGUGAUGAAGUGCUGUUGACAUCUGAGUCGAUAUGUUAGGCCUGCUGCAGUGUGUCCCUGCAGGCGUAGAUCGCGCUGAAAUUAAAAGUGUUCAGCAGAAAGCAAAUUGAUUUGUCAAAUAAAAGAUGUUUCCUUUCUA